AUGAAAAGUGUCGUGGUAGCGCUGAUGAUGGUCUCAACGACUUACGCUCUAUUCUUCCCGAUGAUGGGUGGAGGAAACUGUUGAUGUGCUGCUCCUCCUCCGCCCCCUCCACCUCCACCCCCACCACCUCCUCCACCUCCUCCAAUGUGUGGCUGUUGUGGUUGUGGCGGAAGGAAAAAGCGUGAGGCAACGACAGUGCUCACCAGCCGGCACAAUGAGAGCUGCAAUAGCAACGAGCUCCGACAAAUUAUGAAAAAGGCUAUCAAAGUCGACCCUCAUCUUAGUCUCAUAACAAUCAUUGAACUUCUAAAGGACGGCUACGGGUAUGUGACAGUUUGCGACGAUAAAAAAAUAUCGAUUGCUGCACAGACGGAUGAAUACUGCAUCAUGAAAAAGAAUGGAAUUCACUGCGGUGUUUUCCGAUUGAAACAGAAUGAAACAGACCAUUCCGAUGGAAGCGCCGAUGAGAGUGGAAGGAUAGGUAUCGAGAACGAUUCUGUUGAGGAAAUUUCGAAAGAGACAACGGAAAUUCUUGUGAAAAAGGCUGAUUAA